AUGGCAACCAAAGGAAAGGAGGCCGAUGCCAGUGGGAAGGAUGCUACUCCAAGCAACCCCCGCGGCAUUCCCUAUGCCCCCUUCGUGGACAAGGUCGAGGACUAUGUUGCUUCGCGAGACGAUGUAGAGCCGACUUUGCGCAGCUUCCAAGAGAUGAUUUCGAAAUACCAGUUCAUGGAGGUGAACCUGCAACGGCGGAUGACCGGACUGAGAGAGAAGAUACCGGAUAUUCAGAAGACUCUUGAUACAGUUCGGUUUUUGAAGCUCAGAAAGGAGGAAACCGAGCCGAUCGAAACAACCUUUGAACUCAACGAUACUCUUUACGCAAGAGCCAAUAUCCCGCCGACGGAGGAAGUACAUAUCUGGCUUGGUGCCAACGUUAUGCUGUCUUAUCCUAUUGAUGAAGCCGAGGUGCUUCUGGGCUCAAAGCUCACGACAGCCCAAACUAGCUUGACUAAUUGCGAGGAGGACUUGGAUUUCCUUCGGGAACAGAUCACAACAAUGGAGGUUGCUAUCGCAAGAGUUUAUAACUGGGAGGUGGUACAGAAGCGCAAGGAUAAAGCGGAGGGAGGGGAAGGCGAAAAAGGCGGGAAGACGCCAAACGACUAA